UUUCGAUGCCCGUAAUAUUAGAAUAUUGUUAUUAUGUCGUACUCGCUGUCGCUGCCCGUAAUUAUAUUGUCCGGCGAAAAUCAUAAUUAUUACAAUACGGUUGUAUUGUCUGCUCGUUGAUUUUCGCGAUCGUACGCUAUACGCGGCCGAACGACAUUUCGGCGUCCGUCCGCGCGCGAAGCCGACCGGUUCAACCUAUAAUUAUAUUUGACAUUGUACCGUUUCGCGCGGAGUGUUGGUGGUCGCCGGAGAAAAUGUCUGUCAUCAGCGUCAUCGACGCGCCCGUACCUCCCGCCACGUCCGAAGCCGUCGCCCGAGAAGACGACGGUGCCGACCGACGACGACGACGGCAACAACAACAACAACAACAACAACAACAACAACAAGAACAUCACGGGUCGGCGACGUCAGUCGGCGCCGGAGCAGCGACGUUCGACGACUUGGAACGUCGCGGAUCGUGGACGUCAGAUACCGACGCCUCUGUAUCCCGCACCGCCGACGACGGUGUCACUGAUCGGACGCCACUGCUCACUCGGAGGGUCGAGUACCGCGACGAAGACGGAAGCGGCUACAACGACCGCGGAUCGGACAUCAGAAUCGUCGUCGACGGGUUAGGUGAAAGUUCCAAGUACGGGUCCGUUAAUGAAGAAGUGUUCAUGAGCACGACACCGACGAUGACUGGAGCUUUUGUACGGCAACCGUCGAACAGUUCUGGUAAAGUGUACUGCAUACAUGGCAAACCGUCCGGCUGUUGCGCCACAUUGGUAUCGGCCGACGACAAUAAUUCCAACCACGAAACCCCAGACCCGAUAGACGGAAAAUCAUCAAUCACAAUCUUCAAUGAACACUGUCAUCCGAACCGAGAGAGUACGUCAAGCAGUCAGAAGGCUAGGAGAAAACUCAUAUUUGCCAGCAUACUAUGUCUGUUGUUCAUGGUCGGAGAGGGAGUCGGAGGGUAUUUGUCGAGCAGUUUGGCGAUCGCGACAGAUGCGUCACAUCUCCUCACGGACUUCGCCAGCUUCAUGAUAUCGCUUUGCGCUAUAUGGGUGGCCUCGAGACCUGCCACGCAGUCGAUGCCGUUCGGAUGGUACAGGGCCGAAGUGUUGGGUGCCCUCACGUCUGUUCUUCUUAUCUGGGUGGUCACCGGUGUGCUCUUGUACUUGGCCGUCGAGCGCCUCACAGACAUGACGUAUACGAUCGACGCCGACAUUAUGCUCAUCACGUCCGCCGUCGGACUGUGUGUUAACUUGGUUAUGGGCUUGACGCUUCACCAACACUCACACUCUCACGGUGGCGGCAGUCUCGAAUCGCACAGCCACGACGAGGCGACCGGCCGGAGCAGUUCCAACAUCAAUGUUAGGGCAGCCUACAUACACGUCCUCGGAGACAUUAUUCAGAGCCUUGGUGUGUUGAUUGCCGCCGUUAUCGUAUACUUUAGACCUGAUUGGAAAAUCGUAGAUCCAAUAUGCACGUUCUUGUUUUCCUUACUAGUGUUGGUCACUACAUUUAACAUACUCCGGGAUACUAUGAUAGUGUUGAUGGAAGGUAUGCCAAAAGGUGUGAAUUUUGUAGAUGUCCUAGAAACAUUCAUGAGCAUCGACGGCGUGGUUAGGGUGCAUAAUCUAAGGGUUUGGGCUCUGAGUCCGGACAAAAUCGCAUUAGCCGCCCAUUUAGCAGUCAAGCCUGGUGCGAACACUACUACAGUGCUAAAAGAAGCUUCGCGCAAGAUGUACAAAAAGUACAAUUUCUUCGAUUGCACGCUACAAAUCGAAGAAUUUGAAACUCAGAUGGAGAACUGCAAACAAUGUCAGCCGCCCAAGUGCUGAUCAAAAUGGUUACCUAUCCACAACUGUAACCCUCAAAACCAUUCCCCCCUUCCCCGCCAAAAAUUGUCACCUAACGUGUUUAUUAUAAUUUCCUAUUAUAAUAUUAUAGAUUAUUACACCAUGUAUAUAAAACAUAUUUUAACCAUCGAUUCUCUUCUGCGAGAAUACUAAAUACCCAUAUGUAUUUAUCACCCAUGCGCAUAUUAUUGUUGUUAUACAUAUUUUUAUAUGUUUAUAUCUUAUGUGUAUGUAUAUUAUAAAUAUAAUAUAUAUGAAUCAUGUGUAUUCGAUCAGUAUAGAUCAUAAACCGAGUAAAUGUUGGUUAUUUUAAACGAUUA